UCAUUCGAAGCCCGCCAACGGAGGAGCGAGCAGCCACGGGAUGGGAGCAUGUACCAAGUGAUUCUCGCGAUAUUAUUUACGAUACUAUAUUCAUUUUUUCGUUCGAACUAAACGGUAAUAAAUUAUUAUAAAUAUUUUUAAAAUAACUAGGGGAUAACUGGUUUAUUCGAAUUUGGAGUAAUAAUAAUAAUAUUGAUAAUAAAUAGUGUCGUGAUUACAACGAUGUACAAUUGCGGUGGCAUGGUGUUAGUAGUCAUACAGAUGGACUUGUUAUUAAAGUCUUCAAUUGACUUACUACCUGUGACUUUGUGAGUUGUAUAAUGACACUGAUAUUGUAGCCUAAAAAAUUGUUAUAAAACGUGAAUGACACUUGAGAUUUAUUGUAAUUGGGUGUGUUAUGAUAAGGAUUAUUAUUUUUUAUAAAUAUAAUAAAUAAUUAUAUAGAGUAUACAAUAAAAAUCAACUGAACAACGCGUGGAGUUGGCCUAAUUUAUUCAAGAGUCUAAUCUUAAGAUUAUAAUCUUCAGUAAGCAGAGGGCGAACAUGUUGGAUGGCCUAUAUGGAGUAAAAAGUGAUAAAUCUUAAAUAUUGAUGAUUUAAUGAUGAUGAUGAUGAUGAUGAUGAUGAUGAUGAUGAUAAUGACUGACUAACAAAUGAGUCCUGGAAGUCGGUAAAACAGCGUAAACUUUUUAUCCUUAUCGACUUUACAGCAGCCGAAGGCAGAGGCAGAAAAUUUUUCUCGUUCUACUCCGUGUUGGAUCAAGUGAAUCAACGGAGUUCACUCAGUACCCUUACUGUUGAUUGCAAUCGAAUUUUAUUUAUCCUCGACUGGAAAUGAAAUAAAAAUAAUAUAACAAUAGAUUGAUUAAAUUUAAAAUUCGACACGACGUUCCCCUUACUAACAAUUACCGGGCGCUGCCAGCGCAAUCAGCAGCCUGACCGGCGUCCUCUACACUCGUAUAUUUCUUGUGAGAUUAAUUACUCGAUGAAAUUGUCAGACACCUUAAUAAUAAUAUCUUAGAUAUGUAUCUGCAUAAACAGCCAAAAGUAACUGGUUUAUGGUUGUAUGACUUAAUCGGUGGUUGAUUCGACACGAGUCGUAAAGUUCACGGGAACCGAGUGUAUUAAUUCGAGGAGAAGCUGAGCUGUAGGCUGUCUGACAAAGAGUUGAGAGCCAAAAGUGUCUGACGGUAUUCUCUGAACGUGUCCAGAUACUACAAGCCAAGUGGAACUAACACAAGAUCUCCCUGAAUUCUUUUGUGCGAGAGACGAUCGUGAGACACUAACUGUAGGCUAGUCCGCGAACGAGGGGGAGAAGGAUAAAGAUAGCCCUAACAACAAUAAUAAUCAUCAUCAGCAUCAUAAGGAUAAUAAUAAUAAUAAUAAUACACGUGAGAGGGAGUUUGAAGGAAUAACGCCCGAAGAAAGAGAAUGGAAAAAAAAACUAUGGUACUUUUCACGGGAUCCACUUGAGUUACACGGUUAACUCACUGGGGCUUGUUAGUUGUCCUCGACAACUGAGUUAUUUGUCUUUGUGUGGGCGAUUGUUUAACUAACGAUAAAUAAUAUUAAUAUUUAUUCGCCAAAAGUGCAAUAAUUGCGGAUAAUUUAUUUGUAAAAACGCUUUGGAGCAGCAUAUAUACAAGGAAGACUAUAUAUAUAUAUCGGGUGUAGGAAUGUACAUGUUGUGGUACAUGUGAUGCUGGUGUAUUAGAGCAGAGCGUGAACAACCGGUUGGCUAGUUGACGAGGUUACAUAGUGUAACAUCACGUCUUUUUAAAAACUUUUUUCUCCAUAAUUGUUAUUAUUAUUUUAAGUUUUUUUUGUUUUCACAGCAAACUCGAAACUCAUGUUUCACAUGCUUUUCCGACAUCGUGUAACCACUUGUCAUAAUUAUUUAAACUAUAUCUUGUGUGCCGUGUAAAACAAGUCUCUGCGUAUUUGAGUCUCAUUAUCUCAGCAUCCUAUCAUCACACAGCCUCACUGCUUAAGAUCUACCAUAUAUUUUUUCUUGUUUCUUGAUACAAGUUCCUUACAUACUUAUAUUUAAAUAUUUAUAAUAAUAAAAACACUUGUGAUGAAUGACAGCGGCCGGAUUUCAAAUUCUAUUAUUGUAGUAAAUGUGCAUUUAAAGUGAUUGCUUUAGUUUGUUAAUUUGUAAUAAAGUGCGUGAAGAAUAAAUUUAUAAUAAGUAAAAAUAAAGUAAAAACCGGAUACGGUAAACGGAGUACUUAAAUACUGGAUCUUGCGUAAUUAAGUGACGAGAAAGUACGCAAUUUAUUUUAUUCCAUAAUCAGUUACUCUUUAAAAGAGUACCAAACGGCCUCAAGAUUCAGCCGGACAUCAUGCCUUGGUUCAUACUCUUUCUGCUCCUGCUAUCUGUGAUGGAGGCCUUCCCAAGGGAGGCCACCUGUUCACGUCUGCCGGACAUUUACUGGAAUUCAACCAACCCAAUAUUUCGCAUAGACAACACGGACCAUAUUAUUGAUGUAAAUAAAAAUAAUGCAGCGUUUGAGUACGACCAGGUCAAUAUUAUAUGUCCCGUCUACGGACCUGGAACUUACGACGAUGAAGCUGAGAAAUACAUUAUUUAUAAUGUGUCCAAAGAGGAGUACGAAACUUGUAGAAUAACAAACCCGAGUCCGCGAGUGAUAGCGGUUUGCGACAAGCCCACAAAAACAAUGUACUUUACCAUAACAUUCAGGCCAUUUACACCGCAACCCGGUGGAUUGGAAUUUCUUCCUGGUCAUGAUUACUACUUUAUCAGUACAUCGUCAAAGGACGAUCUCCACAGGCGCAUUGGUGGCCGGUGCUCCACACACAACAUGAAGGUCGUGUUCAAAGUCUGCUGUGCCAACGACGGAUCAUCAGCGACGUCCCGCAACAACCUGUCAGUUACCGGAAGCAGUAGCGGUAGCAGUACUGUAUCUAGCAGCUCAACAAGCGGUGGAAUUUUAGGAGUUAACAACAACAACAACAACAACAACGGUGGUGUCGGCAUGCCACCAUCGCCACCCCCAAGCGUCUUCAAGGGCGGAGAUCGAUUCUACCCAGGAGGCAACAUCUAUCAUCAUCAACAGGGAACAGCCGCGGCGGCGCCCACUCUACCUCACGUACCCCCUCCAGCAAUCUACCCGUCACAUCCCCAUCAGCCGCAGCCGCCGAUUCACAAUGGACCGCCAUCCCUUGCGUCACCGCCCAAGACCUCCAUCACCCAGAAGAAGAAAAACAAGGAGUACUCGGAUCAUCCGAACGAGGUGGUAAAAAAUGAAGAGCUAACUUACACCGGUGCAAGCUCAGCACUCUGUCGACCACGAGAGAGUUUUCACCGAUUGAUUUACCUCUCAACGGUAGCACUUCUGGUCAGCAUACUACUGCCCACUCUGAUGCGGUGAACCGACUGCAGUAGACCUCGGCGCCCAUCGAGACUCCCCUUCUUCUGUGAUUAUCCUACGUUUAAUUCAUUUCCACGAUCCUUCGACCUUCGUUGCCUUGGAAUCGACGGAUGACUGACUGAGUGAGCGAAUGAACCAACGAUCUGCGUCUACGAUAUCCAUGUUUACAAACAAUUAUUAUUAUUAUUAAUUAUUAAUUAUUAAUAAUAUUACAUCAUCCAUGCGAGGCAUUAAUGUAUAUAGUAAAGUUCAAAUUCACUUACUAUAUAAAUUUAAACUUUCAUGAUUUUUUUUUUACGAAUCUAAUAGUCAAAAAAAUUUAUUUAUCCGUCAGUUUAUUAACAGGAAAAAAAUAUAUAAACUUGGAAUACCAUAAAGUAUAUUAUUAUUUUUAGAUAUGUAAAAUUGUAUUUUCUGAAGUGACAUUAUAAUUUUUUUAUUUCAUAUUAACGCCUCAUCUAUUCUUGUCAGCAUUACAAAAAAAAAGAAGAAGAAAAGAAAAGAAAAAAAUGAAAACUGAGAAAGCGAGCGAAUGAAAAAAUAAAGAAUGAGAAUGAAUGAAUUUUUAUUUAAAAGAAACAACAACUAAAGGACGUGGAACAAAAUUAAUUAAAGCCAUAUUAUAAUAAUUAUAAUUAUUAUUAAAAUAUUAUCACUAGGCACUAUGUAGUUAUCCACUAUUAUCACUAUUAUUAAAGUUCAAAAUAGUCGUACUGAUUGUCCUCAUCAUUACGCCAAUUAAUAAUGGGUAUAUUUAUAUGUAUACAUAUAUAUAUAUUUAACAAAUAAAUAUGUAUAUCUAUAAAUAUAUGUUUAACGAUAUACGGGCUAUCUCGACGAACAGUUUGAUAAAACCACUUGUUAUUAAAUUAUAAUUAAUACUGAGACGUUUCUUUUAUUAGCGGACACUCUCUCUCUAUUUAUUAUCAUUUUUUUUGAAUUACGCGGUUAAUUCAAAUAUUUAAAAUAAAUAAAUCUGUCAUCGUCGGAUAAAAAAGUAGAUAACAAUAGUGCCGGCGCUGGUCGCGCAGACACAUUAUUAUUAUCAUAUUUGUAAAUAAAUUUCUAAAUAUUAAUUGACGUUUAUUUAAUUAAGUAAAUUAUGAGACUAAAAUUAAUAACGCGAAUUAUAAAAUAUAAAUAUUUUUGGUAAAUUUAUUUAUCUUCUUUGUCGUUGGAAUUAAAAUAAAAAAAAUUGAUAAUUAUGACGGAUAAAAAAAAGUCGCGAUUGGAUUUAAUGUUUGUUUAUUUAAUACGCGAUAACGACAGUAUGAAUGUCAAUUUAUAUUUAAAUAAUAAUAAUAAAUAGAAUAACCUCCGUGUAAAUAAUAAAAUUAUAACGAGUAUAUAAAUAUUAUAUAUAUAAAUAAUUAUAAUAAUGAUGCAUGUGUUUAUUACGCAAUAUUUACGAUUAAAUUCGUAUAAAUAUUAUUUAAAUAAAAUGACAUCACGGCUGUCUAUUUAUUAACAUGGGAAUAUUUAAAAAAAUAUAUAUAUAAAUAUAUUCAAUAAUACUUUUUUAAAUUUAUCGUCAGAGUAAAUACUAAAUACAUACAAAUAUAUACACGUAUACAUACAUACACAUUACACACGCGCACACCCAUAAAAAUAGACAAGUCUUGAGUCGAUUGUCGUUAUCAAAACGAUGAUAAUUAAAUUAAUAUGUAAUAUAGUAGUAUUUGUAAUAAUUUUUAUAAUAAGUUUGUAUUAUAUUUAUUACUAUCUAUAUAAUUAUUGUCACGCAGGGAAUAUCUAAUUAAAUAGAUAUUUAAAAUAUAAUGCUAGUAAAAAAAAAUUUAAGUAAACGUCAAAUAAGUUAAAUAGUUAAUUAUAAAUAAAUGAGACAUGUGUUUCCCCUAUGUAUUAUUAUUAUAAAAAAAAAAAAAAUGGAAAGAAAGAAAAAAUAAAACAGUGUCAUGGCAUUUUAUAUAUCUAGCAGAAUUAUGUUUAUAAAUUAAUACUUAAACUCUUAUUAUUUAUUGUCGCAAUCAUCCUUAAAUUAUCUAUCUAUCAUUUGUUGAAUAUUUUUCAUUCGAUUAUCGAAUAUUGACGCGAUUCUACGGUAUCCCUGGCGCUGCCAUGACCGCGAAAUUUUGGACUCGAUAGAAUAAGACUUUUCUAAAGAAUUAAAUUUUUUGAAAACUCGCAUAGUAGAGAAAAAUUCGACUCUUUAAAAAAAAUAAAAAUUUUCAGAUUUUAAUCUUCAAUUUUUUUUAUUUUUUUCCGGCAAAUUUAAAGAUGAAAAUUGUGAAAAAAAAGUUUUGUUUCGUCGAGUGCUACAAGAAUUCGUGGUCAUUUGGCGGCACCACAGAAACCGUAGACUUCCUGAUAUCGAUAUCAAAUAACUUGUGGAAAAUAAUUAAAAGUUGAAUAUUUUUUUUUUAGUUAAUAAUAAUAAUGAGUAAGACGAUAAAGACAAAAUGAAACUGUGUUCUUAUUGAUUACUCCUUUAUAAUUGAGUGAAACUCGAGUUGUAAUGAAGAUUGAGUACUACUUGUAAAUAUUGUAUGUUUUCCACUCCCCCGUCCUUAUAAAUAUCUUUUUUUUUUCAUUA